GUAUCCCCACACUUUGAAUGAUUAGGACAUAAUGACAGCUGAAGAUUCUACUACAAGGAUGAGUAAUGAUUCCUCCAGCAUGCAGACAAAUAAAGUCCCUGAAGCUCUCUCUGGAGCCCCAAACGAGGCCGCACUAUUGCAGUUAUUAGAUCGUACUGGCUACACCAUGGUUCAGGAGAACGGGCAGCGAAAAUAUGGCGGUCCACCCCCUGGCUGGGAAGGCUUACAUCCUCCUCGGGGAUGUGAAGUCUUUGUGGGCAAAAUUCCUCGUGAUGUCUACGAAGAUGAGCUGGUCCCUGUGUUUGAGGCUGCAGGACGAAUCUACGAAAUGCGCCUGAUGAUGGACUUUGAUGGGAAAAACCGUGGCUACGCCUUUGUGAUGUACACCCAGAAGUACGAAGCCAAGCGUGCCGUCAAAGAACUGAACAAUUACGAGAUCCGUCCAGGAAGACUGUUAGGAGUGUGUUGUAGCGUGGACAACUGCCGGCUGUUCAUUGGCGGGAUCCCCAAGAUGAAAAAACGAGAGGAGAUUUUGGAAGAGAUCUCCAAGGUGACGGAAGGGGUGCUCGACGUCAUUGUCUAUGCCAGCGCAGCCGAUAAGAUGAAGAACAGAGGAUUUGCCUUUGUGGAAUAUGAAAGCCACCGAGCAGCGGCCAUGGCCAGGAGGAAGCUGAUGCCUGGCAGAAUUCAGCUGUGGGGACACCAGAUAGCUGUCGAUUGGGCCGAACCAGAGAUAGAUGUGGACGAAGAUGUCAUGGAGACUGUGAAAAUCUUGUACGUGAGGAAUUUAAUGAUUGAGACCACGGAGGAUACAAUUAAAAACGUCUUUGGUCAGUUUAAUCCUGGCAGCGUAGAACGGGUGAAGAAAAUCCGAGAUUAUGCUUUCGUGCACUUUACGAACCGGGAAGAUGCUGUUCAUGCCAUGAACAACCUCAACGGCACUGAACUGGAAGGGUCCUGUCUGGAAGUCACCUUGGCCAAACCGGUAGACAAAGAACAAUAUACCCGAUACCAGAAAGCAGCGAAAGGGGGAGGAGCAGCAGCUGAAGUGACUCAGCAACCGAACUAUGUUUACUCUUGUGAUCCGUACACUCUCGCGUAUUACGGGUAUCCAUACAACGCCCUGAUUGGUCCCAAUCGAGAAUAUUUUGUGAAAGCAGGCAGCUUUAGAGGCAGAGGACGAGGUGCAGCGGGCAACAGAGCGCCGGGUCCAAGAGGGUCAUACCUGGGGGGUUACUCUGCAGGUCGUGGCAUAUAUAGCAGAUACCAUGAAGGGAAAGGGAAACAGCAAGAAAAAGGCUACGAACUGGUUCCCAAUUUGGAAUUGCCUGCUGUCAACCCAGUUGCAAUUAAACCUGGUACAGUGGCAAUUCCAGCCAUUGGAACCCAGUAUUCCAUGUUUCAAGCCACACCAGCAGCCAAGGUGAUUGACGAUGGGAAGAUCCACGCAGUUGAGCAUAUCAUCAGCCCCAUCGCUGUCCAGCAGGAUCCAGCAAGCGCAGCGGCGGCGGCUGCAGCGGCUGCUGCUGCCGUAAUACCUGCGGUUUCCACCCCGCCUCCUUUCCAGGGCCGUCCGAUAACCCCCGUGUACGCCAUGGCGCCCAGCGUGCAGAGAAUUCCAGCCACGGGAAUCUACGGCGCAAGCUACAUUCCGUUUGCUGCCCCGGCGGCUGCAACUAUUGCUACACUACAGAAGAACGCCGCAGCAGCUGCUGCCGCUGCAGCCUACGGGGGCUACGCGGGGUAUAUCCCCCAAGCAUUUCCGGCUGCAGCGAUCCAGGUCCCAAUCCACGACGUCUACCAGACCUACUGAGGCUGCUGGGCUGGGGCAGAGAAGGGCAAAGCUGAAGGAACUUUUUACUAUUUAUGAAGAAAAACCUACUGUAGAAUUACAUGCUUGGGUGUCAGUAAACUGAGGAUAAAACCUGGAAGUGAAGUUUGUAACAAAUACAGCAUCAUGUUUGAAAUCUUGUAUACAGAUGAAGUUUUUACUAACUUUUUAGGCCUUUUUUUAAAGGAAGUAAUACGCCUGUAUUCCUACAUUUCUAACAUGGCUGUUUUUGAAGGCCGUGCUUCCAUACAGGUGUAUACACUGUCCUAGAUUUUGUUUUUUAGUCAUUUAUUUUCACCGUGUGUGUGUUAUGAAGGUUAUUUUUUAGUAAGUCCUGCACUCCAGAGAUGUCUAUUUUGUAGUGCCUUGAAUAAUAUAUCAACUAAAUAUUAAAAAGUACCUGAACAGGUAGGGAAAACUUUUUAAACAAUAUAUUUUGAAGAAUAUAUUUAAAGAGUACAUGCAAAAGAUUUUUUAAAAGAUAUAUAUAGAUAGAUAGAGAUACAUACAAAUGUGUGUUUUAUUUAAGAAGUUAAACUGGAAAGUGCAAUUUGAAAGUUACUGAGACUUCUGCAUUAUCUCCUGGCAUUGAUAAGAUUUCUUUGCUACCUAGAGCCACAAAUGUUGUAGAGACCAGCCCCCAUUAAAACUAUUCUUAAUAUUAAGGAGAAUUUUUGUUUUACAUUCUCAAGCGAAUCAUACUCAUUUUUUCAUUUUCACACUUGAUGUAUAAGUCAUCGGUGUAAUAGGAAGAAUAUUAUUUUUCCUUCAUUUAUUACAAAAGUUGAUACCCUAGGAUGGAGAAAAAAAACCACAAUAUGGGAACAUUGAGAGGGCUUUAACUGCUCCAAGCCCUAGCUGUAGGCCUCAUUUUUCAGAGUGGUUACUUUAUUAAAAAGUAGACAUUAUUGGAAACGGUGGGCAAACAGUAAGAUUUGGUCUUCAGCCCUGGCCUACCCUGAAGCUGGGGCAUUCAAGCAUAGAAUCAUGGGCUGUUUAGCCACUCAUGAGUAUCUUGGUUGAAUCAAGAAAAGUUCUGGAACCUUUCAUCCAUGUGCAAAUAGCAAUUGUCAGAUUCUCUAGAUCUUCUGUCUCUUAACUUCCUUUAUUGCUAAAAAGCUAACGUAAAAAUGAAAGGCCUGUUUCUCUCUGAAAAAUAGAAAUCUUUACUGGCGGUCAGAGGAUCCUAAAUUUAUAUUUAUCUGAAGUCCAUAUUUCCAAAUCAAAUAGACAUUAAAAUAGACGCAUCACAAUGGCUGUGUUUGCAUGGAUUCUAAGCCAGGAACUCAGCUUUUUGAGCAAACUAGGUCAGUCUUGCAAGAGACAGCCAAAGGAACUGUGGUUUGUUUGACCUAGUUUUGAUUUAUUCUACUCUCAUUUCUUCUGCCAUUUCCCAACUAUCCUGCAGCUGCAGAGGACACUUUUGCCUAGGAAUGUGUGGGUAUCUGUAUGCUGCAUUCUUUUCUUUCCUUUUUCAAGGGCAUCCAGGUGUGGGUCAAAAAAAUCAAGAUGGUGCCAGCAUCCGGGGGAUCAAAGCCCCACUUCAUUUUUGUGCACCUUGUAAUGUGGUUUAAUCCCUGUGAGAUGCCCUGGUAUUCCCUAAAGCCUUUUUUGAAAUGUGGUGUGCAAUAAUGCGCCAAUGGUGGGGGAAUCAAAAGGGCUGUGGAAGGAGAUUCUGGGCAUACACUGGACCUUCAACAGAGCCUCCUCCCCAAUGACCCCAAAGAAGUGUGGCUCCUGAACCUCGAAGCUUGUUGCAACAUAGAGGCUGGGUGGAAGGAAGUGUGGAAAUGCGAGUCAUUGUGUGCCCAACUGCUUAAGUGCAAUUCCCUGGGAUCCCAACUCGGGCACUGAAUGUGCAUUAAUCUCUGUGGCAAAGUUAGGCUAUGCCGUGUGGCUUAUAUUUAAGUUGACAUUCAUAUGCUUUUAAGGAUAAACUUCGCUAGCAAAUCUUGGCUGAACUGAAACUAUAACAUGGAAUAUCAAUAUUUUCAAGAAGCGUCUUCCCACAGUGCAUGAAAACUGUAAAGUAUUUUAUGAAAGAGAUAAAUGGCAGUAAUUGUUUUUUUAUAAGGUGGCCUUUGAAUAUAUCUCCUGUGGCUUGAAUUACUGCUCCACCCUACCUCAAAGGGCUACUAGUACUACUGAUUUUUUUUUUCCUAAAGAGAGUUAGUGUGCUUUAAGCAGGGAGUCCAAAUGACCCACCUGUUGGAUCAUAAGCCCUAUUUGCUGUUAAGCUCUGGACUCUAGGUCUUUGUGAACUCAAAUAUUUCAACAUUUCUGCAUACCACAAGUGCCUGGCCUUCCCACAGAACACUACUGUCAAGGAAAAAAAACAAAGUUACAACUUUUCUUCUGGCCACUAAACGUUUGGGAGGGGGUAGGAGUGGGUGAGUGGGAUCUUUUGAUACGAAAAAACUUUCAGCCCUGUGGGCCCUGAUUUAACUAAGAGAUAAAGCAUUGCUACCAGUGCCAAAAGCACACAGCAAAUAUAUUGAAGAUAAGAUUGUAAACUUCAUUCUAGCCUGGUUUUAUUUUUAAUCUCUGGCUUGCAGAAGAGAGAGAGAGAGAAAGAGGGAGAAGCAGAUUUUUUUUAAAAUUGUAACCCAAAGAAAAGAGGAUGUGCCAAUUACCUAGAUACCCUUAGAACAACCACCGAAAUCAAGGUUUUACUGUAAUUAAAAUACACACGCAUCCAGUCUGAGACUAACACUGGAUCACAAACAAACACCAGGCAUUGUUUUUAAAAAUGCGCUUCCCCAUGGGAACUCAGAACUGUGGCUAAGAGCCAGUUAGAACCCUGGUUGCUCAGUUAUUGAUCAGCCCCCGGUCCGAAGUCUGACUUGACAACAAUUUCUGAACCAUUUCAUUGAUACACUACUGAGACAGCUGAUGACUUGAAAUGUGAACUUUUCUUAGGUUAAGAACAAACGAGAAAUGUUUAUAUAUAUAUAUAUAUAUAUAUAUAUAUGUAUGUAUGUAUGUAUGUGUAUAUAUAUAUAUAUAUAUAUAUAUAUAUAUAUGUAUAUGUAUAUAUAUUCAUAUUCAUAUUCAUAUAUUCUCAUUUUCUGAGGUGGUAUUAGAGCUGGUGUUUUACUGUACUUCUGUUCCUUUGUAUGUGCUGUUGCAGUUUCAUUUAAAAGUACUUUCUUAGGAUGUAGUAAAUAAAACAUUCCUUAAAAAACA